ACAGAUACAUCUUCACUCUUCAACUGUAAUGUAUCUUCAUAAGUUAUAAGAUUGUGUAGUGUCAAUUUCACAUUUUAAACUUAAUCCAGAUUCGCAGUAACUGACAAAACUGUUUCUGAUAAGGAAAAUAAUACGAUGUAGGAAACCAACGAUCAAGAGAUUAUUAAUCUGUAUGUUUAAAUAUUUUGAAAAGUCUUAGCAAAGGCCGAACACAAAAUUAAUUGCGUAAUUCAUUUUAUAAUGUCAUUGUUGAGAAAACUAUUCAGAUUUACACUGGUACAGCAGAGAGCAGUGCAUACAUUAAGAAAUAAAUUCGUGCCAAAAGCAGAACCAGCCAGUGACUUGGACAUUGAUGAUUUGAGAAACUUCUUGUUAAAGAAUGAUAGAAUACUAGUGUUGACUGGAGCUGGAUUAUCCACAGAGAGUGGAAUUCCUGAUUACAGAUCAGAGGGUGUUGGACUUUAUGCUAGAAGUGACAAUAGACCUGUACAAUACAAUGACUUUGUUAAAAGUGAAACUAUUCGUCAAAGAUACUGGGCCAGAAAUUAUGUCGGAUGGCCUGUAUUUUCAUCCUUUCUUCCAAAUAUUUGUCAUAAAAUUUUACGUCAGUGGGAAAUCGUAGGAAAAGUAAACUGGCUAGUGACUCAAAAUGUUGAUGCCUUACACAUGAAGGCAGGCAGUGUUAAUCUCACUGAAUUACAUGGAAGUGCCCACAGAGUUAUGUGUUUGAACUGUGAUGCCAAGAUGACACGAACACAAUUACAGGAACUGAUCGAGAAGUACAAUCCGCUGUGGCAGGCCAAGUCUGUGGAAAUGGCACCUGAUGGAGAUGUCCAGCUCACCACAAGACAGGUGGAAGGAUUCAAGGUUCCUCAGUGUCCAGCCUGUGGAGGGGCUCUCAAACCCGAGAUCAUUUUCUUUGGUGACAACGUCCCCAAACCUAUUGUCAACUUUGUGUUUAAGAAAGUGGAGGAGGCGGAUGCGGUUCUUGUUCUAGGCUCAUCAUUAGAGGUGUAUUCCGGAUUCCGCUUUGUGAAUGCUGCAUCCACACAAAAGAAACCCAUAGCCAUCGUUAAUAUAGGACCAACACGCGCAGACAAACUGGCUUCCCUCAAAAUCAGUGCGAAAUGCAGCGAUGUACUACAACAAAUAGAACAGUUAUGACAAAAAAGAAUGUUUAUAUAAUUUAUUUUUAGAUGGUUUUACGGUAUGUCUUUCAUGGUACAAUUUUGUAAAUGCUCUAUUAAAAAAAUCUCGAAAUAUU